GGGGGGGAAAUUGUGAAGCGCAUCUACGUACUUGAUAAAAGUUCAAGCUACUAGUCAUCGACACGUGGCACUUUAACAUUUGCCGAAACUGUAAAAACUCCUAAAUGAGAUUCUAUCUCCGUGUCGUCUUGUCCUUAUAAAUCGUGCACUCGUUGUCUUCCUUAUCCCCCAACUCUCACUUGUCUUAUAAGUAUCAAAACUCAAAAGCUUUACAAAGCAUAUCAUCACAUCAACAAACUCAGAAUCGGAGUUUGAGUUUCUAAUUUGGAACCAAUCAGCAAUCGGAAAAAAAUGAAGGGUGGUUUGCUUGUGGACAAUAAAUUUAGUCACGGGCAAGACAAGAACUUGACUGUUCGGAAAACUUCUCUCUUUUUCGCCGGAGAUGGUUUCACGGUUUACGACUGCAAGGGCACUUUGGUCUUUCGGGUGGACUCUUACGGUGGUCCCAACAACCGCGACAACGAUGAGGUUGUCCUCAUGGACGCUCACGGUCGCUGUCUCCUAACCCUCCGACCACUACAACAAAUAUAGGUAUUCAUAGCAGAUUAAGAUAGCACAAUUUUCCUAACUGCUAUGGAAAGGUAUUUGGAAGUCUGCCUCGCAAAGUUAUAGCACUUUACUUAUGCUAUGCCGAAAAUUCGGUAAAGUGAAAAAAAAAACUCACUAAUCACCCAAGUUUUUAGAAUAAGCGCCAACACUUAGUGAAAAAAAUGGAUUUAGGCGGUAUGUUUUAAGAACAUAUACUUUUCAUAGCAUUAAAAAAAAAAAAGAAAGGGAUCGGAUUUACUUACCUCGUUCUCUCCGUCUUCCCUUUCUUCUCCACCUCCAUCGAGCUCAAAGCUCUAUCCACCAUCUCCGACUCGUUUCUCCAUCUUCCCUUCCUCUCUACAUCCUCUCUCCACCAUCUACGACUCCAUCGCCCACCAACCCUUCCUCCCCACAUCAUCUCUCCACCAUCUCCGCCGCGUUUUCUCCAUCUUCCAUUCCUCUCCACAACCUCUCUCCACCAUCUCCGCCUCGAUCUCUCAUCUUUCACCAUCCGUAAUCUCGUCGCUCAUCCUAACAGAGUAUACAAUUGGAUUCAGCCAUCAUCAUCUCCAAUUUCAAAUCCGAGACUCUAAUUUAAGAGUGCGGGUUCGUGACUUCACAAGCUUGCGUCUUCUAUAUUCUGUCGAGGUUAGACACAUCGAUCACUUAUUCACAUUAUCUAAUAGUUUGUAUACUUUUGUAGACAUUUAUCUAGUUGUUUGCGGUUUAGACAUUGAAGCAAAAUUUAUAUUGUCAUUGUUGCUUGAACCAUGUACACUUUUUGGAAUUUUGGCAAGGGUCCUAAUAAUGUUGGACAAGUCGUGGGUUCAUAUAAGUAGAGUUGAUUCUGCAUACGAGAGAGCUGCCCGAGCUUUUGUCAAUGGUGUUACUGAUAAGUUAGGAGUUAAUGGGAAGAUUGUAUGUCCAUGCGCCCGAUGUCGUAAUCAACGAAGAUGAAAGAUAUUGCGAGAGAUCCUAAUGCACGGAUCAAGGUGGAUUUCACAGCAUUUGGAGAACCCUGUGGAGAAGGAUCAGUUAAGCUCUCUUCGUACUUAGGUCCCUUGGUGAGGGAACAUGUUCCUGUGGUGAUAGAUGAUUGGAGAAAAAUAGGCGACGACCGGAAAACUGUUCUAUGGAAAUCUGUUCAGUUACGUUUUGAACUGGAUGGAGAGUACGAGAAAGCGGCAGUUAUGAAACAGAUGGGAUGCAUAUGGAGGGCCUCUAAAUCACGCUUGGUUAAUCAGAUUCUGAAUGCUGAAAAUCACACAGAGCGUUUGAAGUUGAGGCCAGAUAAUAUUCAACUUGCAGAGUGGAAGAAGUUUGUGAAAGAGAAGACUAGUAAAGAGUUCAGGGCUGUUAGGGAGUCGUACAAGGAAAGAAGACGUAAGCAGAUUCCUCACACAUGUAGCCGUAAAGGAAUGGUUAGAUUGGCAGAAGAUUUAAAAAAGGAUGGCACUGAAGUGACGAGACUGAAUGUGUGGGUGAAGUCACGAACUAAAAAGGAUGGCACUGCAGUAAACACAGAUGCUGCUGACAAAAUAGAAAAGGCUACUGAGUUUAUUCGGUCUGACCAUCAAGGAUCAUCAUCAUCAAACCCAAAAGAAGAUACUCUUACUCAGAUCUUGGGACCUGACAAUCCUGGACGAUUGAGGGCUAUGGGUAGAGGAAUGAGUGUGAGCAAACUGGCUUUUUUCGAAGUGAAGAACAAGUAUGUGACUGAAAUGCAACAGACACAAAAUAAGUUGAAGCAGCAGGUCGAAGAAUUGCAAGAGGCUCUUGCUAAAAUGAAUAGUCGAAGGCCAGAAUCGGAAGAGGGUGAGAAUUCAGCACCAAGAAGUGUGACGAAUAAUUGGACACCACAGCCUAAGUGUAUCCUAUAUGAUUGGUGUGACAAGGAAUGCAAAGUAGCCGAGGGUCGUUUUCUGUCAUCGGAUGAAAUGGAGUUUGUUAACAAUGUGCCAUUGGGCCCUAAUUCAGUUAAGGUGGUAGUUGAGACGGCUAUUGAAGUAGAUGCAUUUCUUUGGAGACCGGCGCCAAAAAUUUACACUAUUGGUCAGGCUGUAGGAGAAACAGUUGCGUGGCCUCAAGAUUCUCUUCUUGUUCUUGACGAGGAGAUCGAUCCAGAUCACAUUCUUGGUAAAAGCCCUGAGACAGUAGAGAAGAACAACUGCAAACUUCUACAUUGGUUAACACAGGAUGAAGAAACAGUUGCUGAAGGUCGUUGGGAGAGUCGUGAUCCCAAAGCCUUGGUGGAUGGCCUUCCUCUUGGACCAAAUGCUGUGAAAGUAUAUGUAGAUGCGGUGACGUUACCUCAGACUUUUCUUUGGAGGCCAACAGAAAAACACUCAACCCUCGGUGAUUGUUUGAAGUCGUAUGUAGCAUGGCCUCUCAGCAGAGUUUCAUUCGACAGUUUAAACUCUGAGUCACCAGCUACAGAAUCUCCUAUUACGCAGUCACAAGUACACACUCCACCGGCUCCUGCUAAUAUUUUAAAACCAGUGGCACAAACUCCUUCAAGCUCUCGGAAGAUUGUGAAAGAAGGUCAGAAGUGCAAACUGCUCGACAUUACCGGUCAGAAAGUUGUUGUUGCAGAAGGACGCUGGUCUUCAAACAACCCAGAACAGUUAGUGCAUUUUGUUCCUUUGGGAAAAAAUGCAGUUCGUGUGUGGGUUGAUGUAGUCAAGGUGGAUGAUGCCAUGGUUUGGAGGCCUACAUCUGCAAUCGAGUGUAUGGAGGAUGCUAUUGGUACCACUAUAGCAUGGCCUGAAGACAAGGUUGUCAUCGUGUGAGGAUGAAUAAGAACGUAUGGUCUUCUAUUUUCAUUGCUUUAGAACUUAUGAACUUAUGGUACUUAGUGCAAAUGACACUUGUGUUCUUACUUUUGAACUUAAUUAUGAUAUGGUAUUUCUAUUAUGAAAUUUCAGACUUUGUUUACUU